AUGGCUAAAUGGGGCGAAGGCGACCCACGCUGGAUUGUGGAGGAGCGACCGGAUGCGACAAAUGUCAAUAACUGGCACUGGACAGAGAAAAACGCUACACCAUGGUCGAAGGAUAAAUUGAAGGCCCUUCUGGAUGGAUUUGUGAUUUCCGGAUCUGGCUUGGAAUGCACUAUAACAAAGAUUGACAAGUUGGAAGGUGAGGCAACGGCCAAUAACCGGAAAGGGAAGCUAAUAUUCUUUUACGAGUGGAACAUAGUGCUGGUAUGGAAGGGCCUAUUUAACGAUGAGGAGGUGACGGGCAAAGUGACCAUUCCGAACCUCUCCGAGGAGAAUGACGUGGACGAGGUGGAAUUAACGGUAUCAUUGGAUAGUUCCAAUCCGGCUUCGGAGAAGAUGAAGCUGUUCAUGUAUAACGUCGGCCGGGAGAAGCUGAGGAAGCAGUUGGACACCUACAUUCGUGAGCUUAAGGCGGACUUUGCUAAGGGGUUGAUCCUGCCGAAGAAGGACGAAGUGAAUGGUACAGAGACGGAACCGCAGAAGAAUGACAAAGAAACUGUGUUCGCUAGCGGGUUCAACAAGAAAAAGAUUGACCUCGAAACCGUAACCAGUCCGAAGGAUACCUCGAAAAAGGACGCUGGCUGUAAGCUCCACUUGAAGACGCUGAAAACGACGAAUAAGUUCCAGUGCAGGUCGAACGAAUUAUUCGACGCACUUACGAGAGAGGAUAUGGUGACGGCAUUCACCCGUGGACACGUUAAGCAUGAGCUAUUCAAGGGAGGAGACUUCGUUUACUUUGGAGGCAAUAUUAGCGGCAAGUUUGAAGAAAUUGUGCCGAACAAGAAAAUUGUACAAACUUGGCGAUACAAGGAGUGGCCUUCCGGACAUUAUUCGACUGUAACAAUGGAGUUAGAAGAGCAGGAGGAUCACACAACACUUAAACUGACCCAAAAGAUGAUUCCGGCAGCCGAAUUCGAAAGAACCGAACAGAAUUGGAAGCGAUACUAUUGGGAUAGUAUUCGAUCUGCUUUUGGAUUCGGAAAUCUUCUUUUGUAA